GAGAGCACAUUGCUAUUUAUCCAUACAAAACACAUACACAAGUGUUUAAAUAGCGCACACAAUAAACGCAUAGACAGACAGAUAGACAGUCAGUCCUAUUUAAUCGGUUAAACGCAUACAUAAAAACAGUCGUCUAUUUAAACGGUUCGGUAUUUUUUGUUAAAUUUAAUAUUAAUAGUAGAGUUGGAAGUGUUGUCCAAAUCAAUCAAUCAAUCGGUGCCCAAACCACAAUUACCGCCAACAAACAAAUCGCAAGAAAAUGACCGACUUUACCGGCAAAUUCAAACUGACCUCAAGCGACAAUUUCGAUGAGUUUCUCAAAGAGUUAGGUGUGAAUUUUGUAUUGAGAAAUCUGGCAAAAACAUCGACACCGGUCGUCGAGAUUAGCAAAGAUGGCGAUACCUAUUCGCUGAAGACAUUGACGGCCAUCAAGAACUCGGAGAUCAAGUUUGAAUUGGGAAAGGAGUUUGAAGAGGCCCGUAUGGAUGGCAAAAAUAUCAAGACUGUAGUGGUGGCCGACGGCAACAAACUGAUCCAAACCCAGUACGGCGACAAAGAGGUUAAGAUUGUCCGCGAGUUUACUGGACCCGAACUGGUGGUUACGGCUACCGUCGGCAGUGUGUCAUCUGUCCGUAAAUACGCCCGACAAUAGACAUGUGGUUGUGGUGGGGGUGAUGGUAGCGGACGCGCGCAAACACACACACAAACAUAUAUAUGAAUGGCGUCUCAAUAUAUUAUUAUUAUUAUAUUUUUUUUUUGAUUGAUUAGUUAUCUAUUUUUAUUAUUAUAUAAAUCUACAAUUAAUUAAAAAAUUUGAUAUAAAAAUUAUUGUUUUUUUCUCAAUUAUAAUUGUUUGAUUACCUAAUUGAUUGAUUCAUUGAAAUCUGAUUUACUAUCAUAUAAAUUGUUUUUAAUUUCAUUAUUAUUAUUUGUUUUUUUUGUGCCACUCCUCCCAUAGAUUGAUAUUAUUAUUAUUACAGUAAUAACAAUAUCUGAUUAAUAGUUAGUUUUUUUCUGAAAACAAUACCAAAAAAAUACUAAAUCUAAACUAUUGUCUCCUAUUUAUAUAUAUU